AUGAUUUCAGACAUAUCACGAAGUUGGGGAUUUCUUGGAAAAUUUUGGAACGCCGUUGUAAAACCGUUCACCAAAUCGCUGGAGCAAGGAGCGGCCACUACCGUCUACUGUGCUGCUUCUCCGGAUGUAAUGGAUGUCAGCGGCAAGUACUGGGAAUCAUGCUGGGACGACGAGAAGAAUCUUGAUGUACCAUUAGCCCGAGAUGAAAGUCUUCAGACUGCACUUUGGGAGAAGACCGACAAAAUAUUGGACACGUUUGAAGCCAGUCGGCAACCUAUCAAGAUUGUGAGCGAUACAUAA